UGGCCACACAAUAUCACAGACAUAGCCAUUCCUAGUGCAUCCACUUUGACUAUUCCGUGUGUAGCUUCAGGCUUUCCCUCGCCCGAAGUCGAGUGGACGCUAAACAGCAGAAAGGUGAGGCACGAAGUCAUAGAUGGUGAAAUGAACGUAGUAGACUUCACGCAAGCGGACGUUGGAGAUUACACUUGCGUUGCUGAGAAUGAAGCUGGACGGUCUCGACGUCAUCUUCGAAUGAACAUGGAUAAUUCAGUGCAACUCGUUUCGUGGAGUCAGUGGUCUGCUUGUACUCGAACAUGCAGCGGAGGACUUCAAGUUCGCAGAAAGCAAUGCUCAUCACCCGACGAGGCUUGUUCUGGUCUGAAAGAGACACGCACAUGCAGUGACCAAAUUCCCUGUCCUGUUGAUGGCCAGUGGAGUGACUGGAACUUGACUGCAUGUUCAAAGACUUGUGGCGGUGGCUAUCGUUGGAGAUUUAGAGAAUGUAAUAAUCCACCUCCUAAUGAUGCAGGCCGUUCGUGUGCGGGAAAGAGUCGAAUACCGGAGUUAUGCAACAACGAAUGCUGCCCAGUGAACGGAGAAUGGAGUGGUUGGAGUUCUUGGUCAGAAUGCAGUAAAAAGUGCGGUCGUCCUUUCGGCAGGCAUUUACGCACGAGAAAGUGUGACAGUCCACCACCAGAGUGCGGCGGCCAUACCUGCAGUGGCCACAACAAUGAGAAUGAGAUAUGCAACAAGAUUGAAUGUUCAGUGAAUGGCAAUUGGAAUGCCUGGAAUUCGUGGUCCCCGUGUACUAGAAGCUGCAAGAGAGGAUCGAAGACUAGGAUACGAUUUUGCAACAACCCAAAGCCUCGAUAUGGAGGAAAGAGUUGUUCUGGAUUUGCAUAUCAGACAUCAGUCUGCAAUUCACAAGCAUGUCCGGUGAACGGUGAGUGGUCGUAUUGGGAAACGUGGAGUGCAUGUUCUCGUUCGUGUCGUCCUGGAGGGCAACGAAGUAGAAGGCGUUCUUGUUCGAACCCGAAGCCUCAACACGGAGGACGAACCUGCUCCGGAUUCGAUGUCGAUCGUCGCGAUUGCAACCGUCAAAGUUGUCCCGUAAAUGGAGGUUGGACUGAGUGGUCGACUUGGCAGUUUUGCUCUCAUUCAUGUGAUGGUGGCCAAACAUUGAGAGUGAGGAGCUGUACAAAUCCAAGACCUGAUUUUGGAGGGCAACGAUGUCCUGGAGAGAACAGUCAGUACACAAAGUGUAACAAAUUUUCAUGUCCAGUGGACGGCCAUUGGAGUAGUUGGAGUGAGUGGACUCCAUUUUGCAAUCAAGACAAAUGCCAAGGAUCAAAUCAGCAGCGGCGAAGGAAAUGCGACUCCCCACCUCCUUCAAAUGACGGACGAACUUGUCCCGGACAUGACACAGUCACGAGACCUUGUGGUGGCCUCUUGUGUCCAGUGGACGGUAGUUGGGGAGAAUGGCUUAGCUAUACACAAUGCACUAAAACUUGCGGUGGAGGUCAGAGAACGAGAUACAGACGCUGCGAUAAUCCGAGGCCUUGGAACAAUGGUCUCCACUGCGUCGGGAAUGAUCAUCAAACAAGCAGUUGCAACACUGGGUGCUGUGCUGUUGACGGCAGCUGGAGCGUUUGGACUCUCUGGUCUUCCUGCUCAGCGUCGUGUAGUUAUGGAACAAGCACUAGAGAGAGAGAAUGCAACAGUCCGUCACCAAGCUGUGGUGGUAGUUCGUGCAGCGGAUCUUUAAGAUUGACAAAAUCGUGCUACGCUGGUUGUUGCCCUUUACGAGGUGGUUGGGGAAGUUGGUCGUCCUGGUCUUCAUGCUCAGCGUGGUGCGGUUAUGGAACACGCUCUAAUGAGAGAGAAUGCAACAGUCCGUCACCGAGCUGUGGUGGUAGUUCGUGCAGCGGAUCUUCAAGAUCGACAAAAUCGUGCUACGCUGGUUGUUGUCCUGUACGAGGUGGUUGGAGCAGCUGGUAUUCGUGGUCGUCGUGCUCAACGUCGUGUAGUUAUGGAAGUCGCACUAGACGAAGAUCAUGCAGCAGUCCGUCACCGAGGUGUGGCGGCAGUUCGUGCAGUGGAUCUUCAGUAAUCACAGGAUCUUGCUACGCUGGCUGUUGUCCUGGUAAGUGCGCCUGCUCAAUUAACUAGUUAAUUUGCGCGUCAUUUCUUGUCAUUCGUUGCAACUUUUGUCAAAUCAGUGCGAGGUGGUUGGGGAGGUUGGUCGUCGUGGUCUUCGUGCUCGGCGUCGUGCAGUUCCGGAAGACGCACUAGACUAAGAUAUUGCAAUAAUCCGUCAGCGAGCUGU